AUGAAUCCAGAAAUAUGGUCAGUAGAGGAAGUUUGCGAUUGGCUUCGCCAAGAAAACUUUGAAAGACUAAGAGAGAUAUUCAAAGAAAAUAAUGUAGACGGCAAAAGUUUAAUGAAGAUCGACAUAGAGAAGUUACGUCGAUUUGAUGUGCCUUCUAAAGAUCAUUAUGUUUUUCUGAACACAAGAGAACUGCUUAGAUCUAAAGCAAUUCAAGGGGACAAUCCACACCCUCCGAUUGCUCGUUUAAUUCUCCCACCGGAUCCAUCAACUUUGUUACCGUUUGGAUCUCAAAAAGAACUAGUCGAUCCUGAGGAUGGUACCGACAUUAGCAUUAGUAAUGACGAAAUGUUCGAAAGUGAUGAAAAGUCUGGCGACGAAGUGAGUUCAAUGGAUUUAGAUGAUGACGAAGGUUUAAAUGAUGAAGGAGGUCUAGAUGAAGACUAUGAUUCAAAUUUAAGUGAAGAUCUAGUUGACAGAGUAGAUUCUUUCAUACACUUGGAUGAAGAACCAUUAUCUCGUUUUCGUGCUGCACCAUAUGGAGCUGAGCAAUUUACAGAUGAUGAUUAUAAAAGAGCAGAAGAAAUGAAAGCAGAUUACGGAUAUCUUAGACAUUGGAUGAAUAUGGAAGAUGAUGAAUUGCUUCCAGUAUACGGUGAAAGUGAUGAAGAGAACAAUUACAUUUCUAGCGAUCUCGAAGAAGAAGUAAUGGAAGAGGAAGAUGAUAUCAAACAGAAAGGGGAGCAAAGCCUCUUUAUUAUGAGAAAUGUUGAUGAUAAGGAGCCAGAAGUUGUAACAUCUGACAACUUAGUGGAGCCUCAAGUUGAUCACGCAGAUCAAAUGAUUCUUGAUUAUAUUUGUAGUUUUCGGAAAAUAUGGGAAGAUGGAGAGUAA